AUGACCUCGUCUCAAAGACUUGGUGUUGGAAUCAUCGGGGCCGGUGAGGUUUUCCAGGUGUGCCAUGGACCUUGUCUGUUGCUUCUAUCGCACCUUUUCAAGAUCGAGUCCAUCUGUGAUCUGUCGCCCACGACUGUGGACCAUUGUGCCGCCAAAUUCUCCGUCCCUCACAAGACUACCACACCGCAGGAGGUGAUCGACAACCAGAACGUACAGGUGGUGUUUAUACUCACAUCCGACGAGAGCCAUGCCCCUUUAGCUAUCUCGGGUCUCAAGGCGGGAAAGAAUGUCUUCAUCGAGAAGCCCGUUUCCCUGUCGUUGCCCUCCGUCCAGUCUAUCAUUGACGCUGAGAAGAAUGCGACUGGCGGCGCCCGUGUUUUCGUGGGCUACAUGCGCCGCUAUGCUCCAAGCUACAUCAACGCCUUCAAGCGCGAGAUUGCCAGCAUUCCGAAGAUUCUGUACGCCCGUGUCCGCGAUUUCAGUGGCCCCAAUGCACAGUUCGUGGACCAGAGCGGUACAUUCCAGGUCAAGAACUCUGAUUACCCUGCCAGCUCCACCGAAGAGCGUAACCAGCGUCUGGAUGCCCUCUUCAAGGAAGCCUUCCCCAACCAGGAGAUCACGGAGGAGAAAAAAAGAUUCCCAGAGUCGGUGGACGGUGUGUCUGUCAAUGACCCUUUCUAUAGCGCCAUCAUGACUUUCCGUAAUCAAGACGGCUCGACCUAUUCCACCACUUAUGAGAGCGGCAUUGACAAGGUCCCCAUUUUCGAUGCUCAUAUCACCGUGUACGGCGACACAAAAAGAGUCACCAUCAAGUAUGACAGCCCAUAUGUGAAGGGUCUGCCCAUUUAUGUUGAGGUGGAGGAGGUCAAUGAGCAUGGUGAGGUUCAGCGUCGCAACACGCUUUCCUCGUAUGAGGAUGCGUAUACUGCCGAGCUCCAGGUGAUGCACGAUGCCUUCGUCAAUGACAAGGACAUCAAGACAACCGUGGAGGAUGCCAAGAAUGACCUCCAGAUCUACGAUAUGAUGUACAAGAAGUGGGGAGGGAACUAG